AUGCGGGGCUAUAUUUAUAUAGCCACAUUUUUGGCUGCCGUUUUGGCAAGUGAUCUAUCAUUUUGUCAACGAAAGUGUCGAGACAAGUACGAUAAUGAGCCCCAACAAGGAGCUUGCUUUGUGGGUUGUAAAAACCGAAAAAAUGACAUUGGAAUGUUUCUCUUCAUCGACUGUUAUCGAAAAUGUGAAUCCAUCUACGAGAACUCGACAAAUAAUGAAGCAUCAGCCUGUCAUUUUGCAUGCGGCCUUCCUAUGAUCAAUUCCGUUUUCAUGAGCAUGAACUACAACGGGAAGGGAAAGCCAGAAGUUCAAGUUAUCAAGCAUGAUGGCCCCAAAGAAGACCGAUCGGUUGAAAAUUCUGAUCUUCCAAGUCACGAUCUCUUCCAAAUCUUUGGACAAAAGCCUCUUCAGAAAAGUUCCGCAGAGGAUCACUUCGAGAGCUUCGAAGAUAGCUUCGACAGAAUGUUUGCCCAAAUGAGGGAACGGUUCUUUAAGAAUUUUGAUUCUUCCGACAACUCAUUUCAGUCUAAUCAUCCAAAAAGUUUUGGUUCCAACGGUUUUGCACAAUCUGAGCAACAAGGUGAAGUUGGUAAUAUAAAUCAAUUCGGCGAGCCAAUCCUGUUUGUACACCCUCUUUCUAAAGCUGAAGAGCUGUCUAACGAUGACGAUGACUUUAAUUCAAAUGGAUGGCAAGGCUCUCAACAACCCUGGUACAACAAGGAGCGCCUUCCACUGAUUUUCCAGAUUUGUUUCUUGGCUCUUUCGCUUCUCGCGAUUCUCUGCGCUAUCUUCAUCUUCACUCGUAUUUUGAAAAGCCGCUCUGAACGAUAUCAAAGAGUGACCAACUGUGGACGAAUGGCAAGCGUUUCGGUAGUGCCAGGGAGCAAAGCUAUGCCACUUCACUUUGAGAAAAACGUUCCUUUUGAAUAUGGACCACCAAAGGAUGGUGUACCCCCGCCAUCAUAUGAUCAACUCAGCCUCGGUAGCGUUCAUAAAAAACUCAAUCAAACUGCUGAA